AUGUCUAAACUUCGCAAAUGUAGAUCAUAUCAGGAUUUUUUUAAUAUUGAUGAUGUAGAUAAUGUAGCAAGCCAAAAUUUAUCACAAGACUCUUUAACAUUUAUGCUUAAAAAUGUCUUGACAUCAUUUACUUAUGACAUUCACAACGAUCACUGGGAAGACAACAAUUAUCAGGGGAGUGAUGAUGAUCAAAAUAACCAACAGGAGGCAAAUGAAUCUAGUAAUGUAUCAGAAGAAGAAGAAUCUUGUAAUAUAUUUGAAGAAGAAUAUAAAGAAGAAUCUAGCAGCAUAUUUGGUGAAUCUGAUGAUAUAUUUGAAGAAGAAGAAUCUGAUAAUACAUUUGAAGAAGAAGAAUCUGAUAAUAUAUUUAAAGAGAAAGAAUCUAGUGAUAUAUUAAAAGAACUGAUAA